AUGUCUGAGGAGCUGCUGCCCGUGAAGGUAUCACUGACUCCUACAGAAGUAAAUCCUGCAAACAUGUCUGAGGAGCUGCUGCCCGUGAAGGUAUCACUGACUCCUACAGAAGUAAAUCCUGCAAACAUGUCUGAGGAGCUGCUGCCCAUGAAGGUAUCACUGACUCCUACAGAAGUAAAUCCUGCAAACAUGUCUGAGGAACUGCUGCCUGUGAUGGUGCCAUUGACUCCUGAAAACAUGUCUGAGGAACUGCUGCCUGUGAUGGUGCCAUUGACUCCUGAAAACGUGUCUGAGGAAGUGCUGCCCGUGGUGGUGUCACUGACUCCUGAAAACAUGUCUGAGGAAGUGCUGCCCGUGGUGGUAUCACUGACUCCUGAAAACAUGUCUGAGGAAGUGCUGCCCGUGGUGGUAUCACUGACUCCUGAAAACAUGUCUGAGGAACUGCUGCCUGUGGUGGUGUCAUUGACUCCUGAAAACCUCGCUGAGGAACUGCUGCCUGUAGAGAUGUCACUGACUCCUACAGGAGUAAAUCCUGCAGAUGUCUAUGAGGAACUGCUGCCUGUGGAGGUGUCACCGACUCCUAAAGGAGUAAAUCCUGCAGAUAUGUCUCAAGAAGUGCUGCCUCUGGAGGUCCCAGAUAUACUCUAUUACUUGAAAUCAGGGAAGGGCACGAUCCCAUCAGGUGCAGGAAGACUACAGGAUGGAGACUCAAACAUUGGUUCUUUAGGAGAUGGUGAAGACGAUGAAGGAAGAAAUGCUCCAGGCAGUGGUGAUUUUAAGAUAGAAUCCUCUCCCUGCUACUUACUGACUGUAAGGAUCAUUCGGAUGAGAAACCUCCAGCGAGUGGAUGCCUUAAGCGAGGCUGAUUGCUAUGUGACGUUGUGGCUGCCGACCGCCACGUGUGAAAAGUCCCGCACUAAAACUGUGAGAAACUCCAACAAUCCAGUGUGGAACGAAACCUUCUACUUCAGGAUCCAGAGUAAGGUCAAGAAUGUGCUGGAGCUGACAGUGUAUGAUGAGGAUUUUGCUACCCCAGAUGACCACCUCCUCUGUGCACUCUUUGAUACAGCUAAGCUGCCAAUUGACAGAACAGUGAUCCUGUAUUUCAAGCCCAGUGCAGAGUCCAAGGAGGAGCUAGAAGUUGAAUUCAAAUUGGAGGCCGCUUCUGGUCCUUAUGAAUCUAUUGCUACCAAUGGAGUCCUGGUGUGUCGUGAACUUUGCUGCUUGGAAGUUGAAGUGGAAGAAAAGAAGCAGCAAAAAUCAAAGAAAGAGCUUUCCCUCACUGUGAAGGGCUCCUUUGAGGGGACUCAGGAUAUCACGCUGGGCCCCGACGGAGUGGCUAGCCCAGCAGGUCCCACCAAGUUCCACUAUAUCAAGUAUGCAGAGCCAACGCUGGAUGUCAUGUUGCCAAAGAAGAGGCGCUAUCACCCUUGGUCCUGUAAGUACAGCACAGAGACGGGUUCCCCAGUGGUGAUGCUGAAUUCGCUUCCCAUGGGAAGGAAAACAACCAUUGCAGAGGAGAAAAGAUUUGACUUGAAUGUGACAGCACAAAGCUGCAAUUGCUCAUGCCAACGAGACCUGGACAUGCGCUUUGGGUUUGACUUGUGCUCCGAGGAGAUGACUUUCCUGGGCAAAAGAAGGAAAUAUGUAGCAAGUGCCCUGAAAGAUGUUUUUCACCUACAACAGGAUCUGCAGGAUUUUGAGGUUCCUGUUGUGGCCAUCAUCACAACAGGGGGAGGACUGAAGUCAAUGACAGGACUAUAUGGCAGCCUCAAGGGACUCAAGAAAUUAAACCUUCUGGACUGCAUAACCUACAUCAGUGGGCUGUCUGGCACCACAUGGACUAUGGCAAAUUUAUACAGAGAUGCCUACUGGUCACAGAAGGACCUAGACACUCACAUUGGUGAAGCCCAGAAACAAGCAACCAAAUGCAAGAUGGGCUGUUUCUCCAUGGAUCGCAUGAAGUACUACAACAAGCAGCUGUGUCAGCGGAAAGAAGAGGGAUACAGGACAUCAUUUAUAGAUCUUUGGGGACUCAUGAUUGAGUACUUGCUAAAUGAUGGGAAAGACUCCCACAAGCUUUCAGACCAGCAAGAAGCACUGUGUGAUGGCCAGAACCCACUGCCCAUCUACGUAUCGGUCAGCGUUCGGGAUAAAUACAGCACCAAUGAUUUCAAAGAGUGGGUGGAGUUCACGCCCUUCGAGGUGGGACUGCUGAAGUACGGCGCCUUCAUCCGCACAGAGAACUUUGGAAGCCAGUUCUUCAUGGGUCGCUUGUUAAAAAAGCUCCCUGAAUCCCGGAUCUGCUACCUUCAAGGCAUGUGGAGCAGUAUAUUUUCUGUGAACCUACUACAAAUAUGGGGGCUGUCCCACAGUUCAGAGGACUUCUGGAAGAGAUGGACACAAGACAAAAUAGAGGAAGUUGAUGAAGACCCUGUGUUGCCUACACGACCCCAUGAGCUGAAGACUCGGAUGUACACUCCCCCUGGCCCCCUGUCCAAUGCCCUUAGGGGAGCAUUGACUGACCGCUUCUCCGUGGCCCAGCACCACAAUUUCCUGAAAGGCUACCAGCUGCAUGACAGCUACAUGGAGAAUGAGCACUUCUGUCGCUGGAAAGACACCGUGUUAGACUCGCGUCCCAACCAGCUGAUGCAAAACCCUGAUCACCUGGGCAUGAUAGACGCUGGGUUUUUCAUCAAUACCAGCAGUGCACCACUCUUAAGACCACAGAGGAAAGUGGAUGUCAUCAUAUAUUUAAGUUAUACUACUGGAUCACAUACAUUGACUCUAGAUAAGGCGUGCAAAUACUACUCAGAGCAGAAAAUCCCAUUUCCCAAAGUUUCUUUGACUGAUGAAGAUAAGAAAAAUCUGAAGGAGUGCUACGUCUUCCAAGAUUCAGAUAUACCAGGAUGUCCCAUUGUGAUUUUUCUUCCCCUUGUGAAUGACACCUUCCGAGAGUACAAAGCACCCGGUGUCAAGCGCUGCUGCUCAGAGAUGGAGGAAGGACAACUUGACCUGACCAGUUGCUGUUCCCCCUACUGCAUGUUUGCAGUCAGGUAUACUGAUGAGAAUUACCAGCGGCUGCUCAACCUCAGUGAAUACAACAUCCUGAACAACUCACAGACGAUUAUGCAGGCCUUGCAGACAGCAAUCCAAAGGAGAAGGCAAAACAUGGCUUUCUGUGACCUAAUGAAAAGUGCAUUUCAUCAAGCUACAUCAUUGCAGCUGGCACAUGGAGGAGGAAUGCCACCUGGGAGAUGUGAAAUUGCAUUGCUGCAGGUAACACUGGACUUCUACAUGACAGCAACAGCAAUGGAGCAAGAUGGCAUUUUAUCUCAGGAGUCGAUUCCUCCAGCCGCUCGACCAGGAGAAGGAAUUAUGCUGCUGAAUCCUGAGGGGGAACAGUGGACUCCUGCUACAAAGACAGAGUCAUCUCUGUGCUACUUACUGACUGUAAGAGUCAUAAGAGCAAGAAAUAUCCACCAGGCAGAUGUUUUAAGCCAGACUGACUGCUAUGUGAGCCUGUGGCUUCCAACUGCUUCAGCUGACAGAUUUCAGACUAAAACCAUCAAGAAUUGCAAAGAUCCAGUCUGGAAUGAAACCUUCUACUUCAGGAUCCAGAGUCAGGUUAAGAAUGUCCUGGAGCUGGCACUCUAUGAUAAAGAUGCGGUUACUCAAGAUGACCAUCUCUUUACGGUGUACUUCGAUAUAGCCAAACUCUCCCUGGGAGAGCAAGUCUUCAUGCACUUCAAGUGCGAUUCGCAGAGACAAGAAGAGCUAGAGAUGGGAUUUUCAUUGGAUAAUAUUUCAGGCCCUCCCGAAACCAUCAUUACUAAUGGAGUGCUAGUGUCUCGCAAAAUCUGCUGCUUGGAAGUCCAGGUGGUUGAGAAGAAGAAAAGGCAGAAGAAAUCUUUAUCAAGAUUCUCCUUUAAAGUGCGAGGCUCUUAUGAGGGCACCCAAGACAUUAUGCUGGGAUCUGACCUGAUCUUCAACAACUCCUCUGCUAAGUUCCACUAUGCCAGAUACAAGCAGCCAAUGCUGGAUGUUACGCUACCAGGGAAGAAAGAGCCUUCCUCCUUUGUAUGUAAUUAUAUGCAUGAUACAGGCUCUCCAAAUGUGGAACUUCAUUCCCUACCAAGUGGAAAAAACAUGAUCUUAGCAGAGGAUAAAGGAUUUGAUUUAUACAUGAAGGCAGAAGACUGUGGAAUGUUCUUUUGUCCUGAUCUCUGUUCCAGCCCAGACCACCUUGAUGUGCGUUUAGGGUUUGACCUCUGCAGGCAGGAGCAAGAUUUUCUAUGCAAAAGACAGAAGCAUGUUGCCCCUGCUCUGAAAAAGGUACUGCAGCUGGAGCAGGAUCUGCUGGACAAUGAGACCCCAGUGGUGGCCAUCAUGACUACAGGAGGAGGAAUGAGAUCUUUGACAGCAUUGUACGGCAGUCUGCGGGGGCUCAAGAAACUCAAUGUCUUGGACUGUGCCACGUACCUGACCGGCUUGUCUGGUACUACAUGGACCAUGUCAAACUUGUACAGAGAUGCUGACUGGUCGCAAAAGGAUCUCGACAAGCAAAUCAGUGAGGCUCGAAAACAUAUGACAAAAUGCAAAAUAAAUUCCCUUUCCUUGGACUAUUUGAAGUAUUACAAAAAGCAGCUGUGCCAACGGAAAAGAGAGGGCCGCAAAACAUCUUUUAUAGAUCUCUGGGGGCUUGUCCUGGAAUCUUUGUUGCAUGAUGGGAAAGACAACCAUAGACUCUCCGAUCAGCAACAGGCCAUUGACCGUGGUCAGAACCCAUUGCCUAUCUAUACUGCAGUCAAUGUCAAGAACAACUACAGCACACUGGAUUUCAAAGAAUGGGUGGAGUUCACCCCUUAUGAAGUGGGAUUGCAAAAAUACGGAGUUUUUGUCCGUGCUGAGGAUUUUGGCAGUGAGUUCUUCAUGGGUCGGUUGAUGAAGAAGAUCCCCGAGUCUCGGAUCUGCUUCUUAGAAGGCAUAUGGAGUAGUUUGUUUUCAUUGAAUGUGUUGUACCUCUGGAAUUUGUCCCAUUCAUCAGAAGAUUUCUGGCACAGGUGGACCCGAGACAAAAUUGACAACAUAGAGGAGGAACCUGUGCUACCACUGAAGCCACAUGAGCUAAGGACUCGCCUGGCCACCCCUCCUGGCCCUCUCAGUAGUGCUCUCCGUGGUGCUCUCACCGACCGCCUCUGCAUUGCCCAGGAGCACAACUUCCUAAAAGGCUUACAGUUGAAUAAUGACUACUUGGAGAACAAGCACUUCUGUAGAUGGAAAGAUACUGUGUUAGACACAUUUCCCAACCAGCUGACACAAUCAGAUGAAUUCCUGUCUCUAGUAGAUACUGGAUUUUUCAUCAACACAAGCAUCAUGCCACUUUUAAAGCCAGAAAGAAAGGUGGAUGUCAUCCUGCAUUUAAAUUACAGUGCAGGAUCCCAGACACAGGCUCUGGAGCAAACCUGCAAGUACUGCUCGGAGCAGGGAAUCCUUUUUCCCAAGGUGGAUUUGAGUGAAGAAGACAGGAAAAACCUGAAGGAGUGUUACCUCUUUGAUGGUGCUGAGACUCCAGGGGCACCAGUGCUGCUCUUUUUCCCACUAAUUAAUGAUACUUUCCAAAAAUACAAAGCACCAGGUCUGAAGCGCUCAGAGUCGGAGAUGGAAGAUGGCAAAGUUGAUCUCUAUGGCUGCUGUUCCCCCUACUCGACAUACUCAGUUCAGUACUCUGAGAAGGCCUAUGACCGUCUGGUUCAGCUGGGUGAAUACAACAUCCUGAAUAAUGAAGCCCUCAUUAUGCAGGCCUUGCGCACAGCUGUGGCACGGAAAAGGCAGAAGAAAUAA